UUUUACAUCGCGGGAUUUGGCGUUCUCACGCCGCCCGAGAUGUCCCGAAAGGCUCCUCUUCUUGUUUCAUUACAGCAACAGCCUUCCCGUCCUCACUCUCCUUUCGAAGGCCUGGGUUGAGUGGGGCACGACUAAGUUGAGUGGAGAAUUGGAAUCCCGCGGGUUUUAGCAGAUCUCGCGAUAUGCCUGGCUGAUUCUCCGGUGGGCGGGGCCAAAGAGGAAGUGCCUCAGUGAGGAGGCGAGGCCGAGCGGGGCCUCUUUGGGGAAUAGGAGAAGGGCUUUCACAUCUGCCGCCGAAGGACAACAGUCUUACAGGGUAGGCUGGUCCAGAGAGGAGGCGAGGCGUCGUUUGAUGACGUCAGAGCGCUCGUGGAUCUCCGUUUUGACUUUCCUUUAUGGAAAUAAAAGGAGGAAUGAUUGCGUUGCACGUAUGAUGUGGUAGAACUAGAGGAAUCUAUAAAGCAGGUUGUCAUUCGGAAGACUGCAAAUUGCCCAGUAAUGGUUGUUGCUGGACCUUUUUUUGAAAAUAAUGCCUUGAGCCACGAAGAAUAGACUAAACCAAGAGGCUGUAGUUUCUGCAGGAUUGCGCAGUAAAUGUUCACAAAAACUGCAAGAAUCUUCUGCCUGAAUGCAGCAGCAGCAGAUCCAAGCAAAGGGAUUUGCAACUCCGGCCCCCAGGCUCCCCCCCUAGUUUGCUCCAGAGUGCCAGCCCAGCUACCUCGCUCAAAGAGCACUCCUGCAGGGCCCUCUUGGGCCCGGAUGGCAGAACCCCUGGCUUGCCCCAGAACCUCGGCAUGACAAUUGCGCAGAGGGGAAGUUUGCCGUCUCAGCUAAGCACCACCUCUGCUGGGGCUGUUGGUAAGCUCGGACUCACUGGGGGAGAGAUGGAUGAAGGGGAUUGUGGCUUCAUGAAACUUAAACCAGCCUCUGAAGAUGUUGUCUCACUGGCACCAUCAACCACGGAAUCGGUUUUUGUGGAAGAUGUUCAGUUUGCCUCCUUGAGGAAUGAACUGGAGACAGACGCUCGGGAGUUUGCUGCUCAGUCUUGGAGUCUGGCAGUAGAGCAGCCAUAUGUGAAGCUGCAGGAGCGGGAUGUUAUUAAAAGGCAGGAUGUCAUAUACGAGUUGAUGAGGACAGAGAUGCACCAUGUCCGGACUCUGAAGAUCAUGUUGAAGGUCUACUCCCAAGCCAUGCGAGAGGAGCUGCAGUUCAGCAAUUCUGAUAUCCACCGCCUUUUCCCGUGUGUGGACGAUUUACUGGAGCUCCACAGAGCCUUCCUCUUCCAGCUGAAGGAACGUCGGAAGGAGUCUUUGGAAGAAGGUAGCGAAUGCAACUAUAUCAUCCAGAACAUUGGGGACAUCCUGGUGCAACAGUUUUCAGGAAAAACAGGCAAUAUGUUGAAGGAGAAAUAUGGCAUUUACUGUAGCAGCCACAGUGAUGCUGUGAGCUACUAUAAAGAGCUGAUGCAGCAAAGCAAGAAGUUCCAAAACUUGAUUAAGAAAAUCAGCAAUUCUUCCAUUGUGAGACGACUUGGUGUCCAAGAGUGUAAUCUUUUAGUCACUCAGCGCAUCAUGAAGUAUCCUGUCCUGGUGGAGCGCAUCAUUCAGAACACAGAAGUCACCACAAAGGAGCACGAAGAUCUGACCAAGGCAUUGUCGCUUAUCAAGGAGACCAUCACAGCUGUUGACACCAAGGUGAAUGAGUCUGAGAAAGAGCAGCGCCUCCGGGAAAUUGUAACCAAGAUGGAACUCAAGUCUUCUGGAAAGUUUAAGAAUGGCCUUAUUUUCCGGAAGGAGGAUAUGCUUCAGCGGCGCCUCCUGCUGGCUGGGAUGCUGUAUUGGAAAGCUGCUUCUGGGCGUCUAAAAGAUAUUUUGGCUGUUCUGCUGACAGAUGUGCUUUUGCUACUGCAAGAGAAAGACCAGAAAUACAUGUUUGCAUCUUUGGACUCAAAGCCACCAGUGAUUUCCUUGCAAAAACUGAUAGUCCGAGAAGUAGCCAACGAGGAACGAGCCAUGUUCUUAAUCAUUGCUUCCAAGAAAGGACCAGAGAUGUAUGAGAUUCACACCAACUCCAAGGAGGAAAGGAAUAUCUGGAUGACACAAAUUCGCAGGGCAGUGGAAAAUUGUCCUGAUGAAGAGGAUAGUGUCCUUGCUGAUCCAGAAGAGGAAAAAAAGCAGACUGAAGUGAGAACUGCAAAACUGAAAGAAUUUCAAGAGCGUUUGAACAUGAAAGAUGAUCUGAUUGUGCAAAGUCUCAACGAGAAGCAGCAGAUCUACCAGGAGAUGGCAGAUGUGAAUGGCUUUGAGGACCUGGCUGCUGGCUCCCGCUUCCGGUUGAUCAACAGAGUGGAUUCUCCAGAGACCCUGCAGGGGGAGUCCAUCCUCAAGCAGGCAGUGAUCGAAGUGGAGAGCCUUCAGAACCUGAUCUUCACCCAGCUGGCCAGUGCAAGCUCUCAUCCUGAAGAUUCCAGUGGGUCCGGGUUGCUGAGGCGAGCUGAGACCUUUGGAGGAUAUGACAGUGCCAUGACAGCUGGUAGCUUCAAGAAGAAAGUCUGUGGUGGAGAGCAGCGGGUGCCAGAUCAGCGAGGCACCCCAGCCAAUUCAGAGCAAGUGCAACAAGAAGUCCCAUCUGCUGGAGAGGAAGGGCUGUGUUUGGUCAGUAACACAAGACUGGAACAUCAUAGCAGCUUGCAACCAUUGCUGUGGACAGAAUCUGAGCUUGUCCAAAGGAUACAGACACUCUUGCAUUUGCUGCUUAGUCUCCAGGCGGUGACAGCCCAGCAGGACAGUUACAUUGAGUUGCAGAAGCAGUUCCGGCUGCAAUCCACCCGAGGGAAUUUGCUGCUGGAUCAGGAGAGACAGCGCAAUUUUGAGAAGCAGCGGGAAGAACUGGCCAAUGUGCAGAAAUUGCAGGGCCAGUUGAAGAUCGAGCAGCAGCGCUGGGAACGAGACUGUGACCGCCAGCGGCGCCAGAUGGAGAUGGAGAAGAACCAGUUACAGGAGCGAGAGGAGGAGGCACGGCAGCUGAUGGAGCGUCUGAGCCAAGAACGGGAGGAGCUGGAACAGCAGCGAGAGGCCUACCAGCAUGACUUGGAGAGGCUGCGGGAAUCUCAGCGAGCCGUUGAGAAGGAACGACUGGAACAGCUGCGCAAGCAGAAGAAGCAGCAUCUAGUCUCGGGUGCCUUCUCACCUGAGACAGGCCAAGCGCAGACCCUGAGCCACUCCGUCAGCUUCAAUGGCGAAGGUAUGGAAGGAGCCGUGCUGCCUACCAAGCCAGGUGGGCGAGCCAGCGUAUCUGGGACGGAGUACCUGGAGCGAGGAGAAUUGGUGCGAAAGGACAGUGCUGCACUGGAGGGAGGCCGCCCCAUUCUGGUCCUGAAGAAUGAGGUGCCCAUCCACUUGUUGAGUACCACCAACCAGAGCCAGAAACAGGCAGCUGUGCAGCAGCAAAUCCCCACCAAGCUGGCCAUUUUGACCAAGGGCAGCAAGGAAAAAGGUGGAAAAGCUGUCAAGGUGACCUCCCACAGGACUGAAAGUUCAACAUUAGUUGAUGUGAGGCCGUUCCCAAUUUCCAAGAUGGUUACCAAGGAAGAAUCUCAGUCUCGAAACAGACGUUCUGCAAGUCCCGUCUUUCUGCAUAGCCAGAAUGUUGCCUUCCUUCCAGAACUGGCUGGUGCUGCUGAGAGCGGCCAUCUGGAAGCGCCAUCUACCUCUGUUGGUCUCAUGAAGCCCAACAGCAUUCAUGUCCUUCCACCUGCCCUGGAUGACGCUAGCAAAGAUGAUGUUAUUUUUUUCUGAUCAACACCAAGAAAAUCCGCUGUUUUUGCCCAAAUGGGUGUUGGAUGCUCUGCCUUGCCCCAGCUGCAUAAUCUGAAGGCAGAGCUGCAAGAUUUCCCCUGGAAAAUUAUUCAAAAUGAAGAUAUCGUUUGGGGGGGGGGGGCGCCUUCAUGCUACAAUCUUGGCUUUGCUUAUAUUGUUCCUUGGGCUAGAACAUUAUUCUAGCGUUCUUUGAGUUCCAAGGCAAGCUUUUACAAUAACCUUCUUGGGAACGGUAGGGUACGAAAAGGCCCUUAACUUAAUCUUUACAUUCAACCAUAAGGUGGCCCUUGGACUCUGUGUAGGACCAAACAAAGAUGUUGAUGCUAUUAGGGACUCUAUGGAGGGAAUCUGAGGGAAUUAGAUAGGCCCUGGCUGGUUGCACAAAGCACCUCAUCUCCCCGAAGACUCAUUUUGCUUCCUCCUCCUCCUCCAAUUGUUAAGGAAAUCCAGUGCAAACUGGGUCCCGGAUUUUUGUUCCUGCUGAAGACCCUUGCUGUAGUAACUAGCCCACACAGCAGCAGGCCCAAUUUUCCAGACCCGAAUCUAUUCUAAGAAUAUAUUCUUCGAGGGGGGAGGGAAACGCAGGUCAGAAUUACAUUGGAUGCCAAGUUGUUUCUGGUUCAAAUGAAGGAAAUGAAGAAAUGCUUAACUUAAUCAAUCAAGAUGUUUUGAGUGGAGCUUCUUUCUCGCCAAAAGAUGUCAUUCCCUGUGGGAACGUCCAUUGCCUCUCUUCUGUGUCUGUUCCUCAGGUCAUGAAAAUACUGGAGAUGCAAGCUGCUGGAAGUUUUAACUUUCCUCAAAUUUACACUCUGUACUUUGUAUUUGUAUCCUGGCAUCACAAGUGCUUGUUUGAGAGUUGAGUUAUGGAAAAGUCCGAUUUCUUCCACCUUGUUGCACAUGAAUAGUGUCUCAAGGUGAAACUCUUGUACUCUGGGUCUUGUUUUAUUAUGGGGCCUGCACAUGUUCUUUUGACUGUAUGGAGACGUUGGUUUCCUUUUAGAGCCAUUAGGAAGUUUGGAGGUCAGAAGAGAGACUGGCUUUGAAAGCAGGGCCUCUUCACAGUCCACGCAUGGCAGAAGCCAUGGUGCCAUUCACUUUAAUAUGAACCCCCCCUUCCCAUCUUAGAAAACCAUAGUCCAGAAUCUGAUGAUGAUGUCAUUAAGAUUACAGUAGGCAGCCAUGACAGAAAAUGUUUUAUUUGAAUUAGCUUUUAAGCUCUUUGUGUAGAUCUACCAGCUGCAUCACACACACAAAAAAUCCUUUUAAGUAAUUUUAUUGUACCUGCAACGUUUGUGAAUUGCAUUCUGACUGACCAUUUGUGCCAUGCUUAUCAGUGUUUUCUGAUAUAUAUGGAUGGUGUGAAACGAACCCAAGCACUUUAGAACAUGGAUGGCAUUUUUAUUUCCUUUCUGUCUUACUGAUGAACAAAAAAGUUUCUCUGUAGUAAGAAGUGGCUAUAACUUUAUUGAGAAGUCCUCUGCCUCUAGUGGCUUCAGUCUGAAAAGCUCAUUUUGCGCUUUACUUCUCUGUGUGAAUACGUCAGCCUGAAGCUUCUUCAAUGGAUUUUUAAGUUGAAGGAUCCCAACAACUAUCUCUUUAGACAAAAUCCUAGCAACUUUGUACAUAGAUCCUCCCUUAGUGGUUAUUACAUAGCAAUCAUUCUAUGUAACUCUCCUUUUUAAUUAUUUGUAAAGUUGAUGGUUUUCAGUGUUUAAUAUUUUUUUUGUCAAAUUUGUGCACUACUGUAAUGAUCAAAUGGGAUCCUGUCACACCAAAUUAUGGCUAUUUUUUAAGCAAUGAUUGCAACUGUUUCUCUACUGUAGGAUAAAUUGUGGAACCUCAGAUGCAACUAAAGCCUGAAGCUGUUUGAGUCAAUUCACGAAACCAUAAAUCAUAAAGUGAACCAUAAAAUAUGUCCUAUUUUUGAAGUGUUA